ACAGGGCUGAGUGCUGUCUCAUCAGCUGCUGGACGUCAGUACUAUUUUGUGUAUGACAGGAAGAACUUUACUGAAGCCCAGAGAUACUGCAGAGAGAAACACACAGACCUGGUCUCUGUAGACCACAUGGAGGUCAUGAAGAUCCUGAACAACACCGCAGAUCUAGACCAGAUGUUCUACACCAACAACGUGAGUUCCCCUUUCUCCUUCAUGUCUAAUGUGACAUAUGGUCUUCAACAAAAAGCUAGACCAGAGUCUAAUUCUUUAUGUCUCCACCAGAGAGCCUGGAUAGGACUGUCCGGUAACAGCUGGAGGUGGUCCCUGUCAGACCCAGGUUUCUACAGACCCGGGGAGACGGACUUCAGACGAUGGUACACUGGAGAACCAAACGAAGGAUACAGUGGAAAAGCCUGCGCAGGGAUGUAUCCUGAUGGAAACUGGGACGACUACGGUUGUGACACAUACACAGCGUAUUCAGUGUGCUCAGAGGUCAGAGGGUCAAAUGUCACUUUUGUCCUCGUCAACUCCUCUCUGACCUGGACUGGAGCCCAGAACUACUGCAGAACCCAAUACACAGACCUGGCCAGUGUGAGGGACAUGACAGAGAACCAGAAGAUACAUGGGAUGCUAGGUGGAAGAGGUGUAUUCUGGAUCGGCCUCUUCAGGGACUCCUGGAAAUGGUCUGAUGGAAGUUCCUCCUCAUUCAGCUUCUGGAAGACCGGGCAACCUGAUAACAAGAACCCGAACCAGACCUGCGUGGCUGCAGACUUCAGCCAAUCAGGAGCCUGGGAGGGCUGGCCAUGUGACAUGGAGAGAGCGUUCAUUUGCUACGGUCCAGGUGAGUGGUACGGUCCAGGUGAGUGGUACGGUCCAGGAGAGGGUACGGUCCGGAGAGUGGUACAGUCCAGGAGGUGGUACGGUCCAGGUGAGUGGUACGUUCCAG